AUGAAGAAAACUACAGUUCUACAGGUUUGUAUGGUGUUUGUGGUCUGCUCACUGCAGGCCGUGAUCGGAUCGCCUGUUGACUGUCCAGACCAAGAUACUGCAGGAGUGUCCUGUAUCAUCUCACUGGAAAAGCUCCUGGAACGAGCCGUUCAACAUGCAGAGCUUAUUCACCACAUCGCAGAGGAGUCCAAGUUGCUGUUUGACGAGAUGCUCAUUUCAUUCGGCGUUGUGAAUCUGCAUAUUUCCGAAGGGACCAUGUGUUCUCCUAAAACGGUGUCGGUUCCUAUGUCUAAAACUGAAAUCCAACAGAUUUCCGACAAAUGGCUCCUUCACUCAGUCCUGAUUCUGGUCCAGUUCUGGAUUAAUCCACUGGUAGAUGUACAGGCGUCUCUUAUGAAUUAUCAGAACGCCCCAAGUGCCCUGGUUGACAGGAGCAAACUGAUGUCUACUAAAAUAACAAGCCUGGAGCAGGGUAUACUGGUUCUUAUUAGACAGAUACUCGGUGAAGGUGGUUUGGUGUUGGAAGGUCCUGAAGACACAUCUGAUCACUUUGUUUCUUCCGAUACGUUUGAGACUGUGAGAAGAGACUACAGUGUGAUCUACUGCUUCAGGAAAGAUGCGCACAAGAUACAGACUUUGCUCAAACUGCUGAAAUGCCGUCAGAUUGAUAAGGAGAAUUGCUCCCUAUUCUAACUAAAAAAGAAAUGAGCUUCUGCCAUUUUAUCUUGUGUUUCAGUGUUAUUCUGCCAAAGCUGGCUUUGCUAUUGCACAAAUAUUGAAUUGAAAAUAAAAAAUUUUUUGCAUGUUC